AUGUCGAAAUCUAAAAUGAAAGCCGUUGUGUUUAAGGGUACUCUCGACGUCCAAAUAGAGGACCGGCCUGUCCCCAAGAUUAUUGACCCUACCGAUAUCAUCAUUAAAGUCCACUACUCGGCAUUGUGUGGAAGCGAGCUACACGUUUUCCGUGGUCAUCAACCGAGCAAAACAGACUUUAUCAUGGGACACGAAACCACCGGCGAAGUUGUUGAAAUCGGACCCGCUAUCAAGAACCACAAAAAGGGAGAUACUGUUGUGAUGCCUUUCACGAUCUCCUGUGGGGAUUGUUUUUACUGUCAGCGUGGCUUUUCGUCUAGAUGCGAGAAAGGGCUUCUUUUUGGAUCCCCAUCCUUGGACGGUGGUCAAGCGGAGUUUAUGCGCGUGCCCCACGCAGAUGCAACCGCCGUGAAAGCGCCCGAAGGCAUUGAUGAGAAGAAGUUGGUGCUGAUGGCAGAUAUUUUUCCAACAGGGUUUUUUGCGGCAGCCAACGCGUUCCGAGGAUUCGACCAAGAGACGAUCAGCCAAAGUGUUGUUGUUUUAAUCGGAUGCGGACCUGUAGGACUUUGUGCGCUGAUCAAUGCGCUGGAGUAUAAACCUAGGGUCGUGAUUGCUAUUGACAGAGUUGAGAGUAGAUUAGCACUUGCUAAGAAGCUAGGCGCUGAGCCUUGGAAUGAUCAGACAGACAAAGCUGGUUUGGAAGCAAGAGUAAAAGAGCUUACCGACGGGAGGGGAGCUGAUACUAUUAUCGAAGGAGUUGGCCACGCUGAUGCUUUGAAGACUGGUUUCGAUCUCCUUCGACCAUGGGGUAACAUUUCCAGCUUUGGGGUACACAAUGAAAACCUACCGUUCAACGGAAACGAGGCCUAUGGAAAGAACUUAAGGAUUCAGAUGGGACGAUGUCCGGUCCGGAGCAUAUUUCCAGAAGCACUUGAGCUGUUGAAAAAGAAGCAACAUUUGCUUGACUUUAUGACAGAUAAAAUUAUGCCCCUCAGCCAGGCCAUGGAAGGCUAUGAGGUUUUCAAUAAUAUGCGAGUGCAGAAGGUUAUUUUUAAACCAGAACAUUGA